UUAGAUAGUCUACUGAAACGAGAGAUGGGGGCAGAGCAAGACUCUCUGCAACUGCAAGAGCUAAAGCUGGAGAGGGCAAAGUUGAAGUUGGAUCGCAGAUGGAGGAGAACGAAGGCGGCGGUGCCGGUGGGACUGGGACUGAGACCUACAGCCACAUCUGGUGGGCCCUAGCUAGUGCUGCUCAGUUGGGAUGGGCCAUAUCUUCUUUCAGAAGAGGCCACGCCGGCGACUCCCACUUCAUGCCUUUCAAAGCCUUCUCCUUCGCCUCCCUCUUCGUCGGCGCCACUGCCACCGCCGCCGUUUCCGUCCUCCACGUCUCCGGCAUCCACAAGGAUUUCAGAAAUUUUAUGGUGGAGUUCCCUUAAGAACUCUACUGGAUGGAUCCAUAGAAACACCGCCGGAGAACAAAAGCAAAUGAACUUGUCUGUUCAUUUGUCAACACUGUUUAAUUUGAGUAUGUUGAUCAUUGGAUAUAUUGAAAGAGGGAAAAGAAAAACAUUUGAUGUGAUUUUGGUCUUCUGUUAGUUGCAAAAAGUGUUUAUCAAUCACAGGUAACUUCUAGGGUUCUAGUCCUAUUACAGGCUUUAGUUAAAAAAGGUUGGCAGUGCUUCCUGGUGGUCACUUGCCCAUGCCAUGAUAAGCAUUGAACAAAACAGAUAUUCUUUCCUCAUAUUUUCUGGAAAUAGAAUUUCUUUGUUUAGUGUCUACCUAUUGUUUGAUCUAUUUAGUUGUUAACCAGUAUCUGGUGAUGAUGGUAACAAAAUGAGUCAUCUAAUUUGUUAUUUGAAGUUGAGUUGAGUCCUUUCCCCCAACUUGAUUUUUUUUUCAAGUAUGAGUGAUUUUAGCUGGGGUGU